AUGGCAGAAAACGACCUCGAAGACCGCACUGGAGAUCGCUGCGAACAUGUUACACGGCAAGUAAACUUCCCUUUCCUCUCUUUCAAAUACUUCAUGAUGAUCACCAUUAGCUGGGGAAGGCCAUCAUGGGCGCCGAAAACAACAUCAUCUUCAAGAACAAGUCGCAUCGCCCGUGACCGAGGAGGCUACGAUGCCAUUUUUGGGGGUGGACUACAUCGUGGUUCCAGCCAGUAUCAGCGACGUCAACCUCAAAGAACUUCCAUGGUACCUACGUCAACCACAGCGACACCUGACAACCUCUCCAGUAUUCUUGGUGCAAACUACCCGGUGGAGCCAUCCUCUACGCCGACCUUUCUCAGCCACGCCAACCCGUCGAUGAUCUGUGCGUUGCAAUACGGUCGACAAAUCCUCAAGCUUCCACCCAAGUACCCCUUGAAAGCCUCAGGCGGCCUCGAAGCCGUCUGUUCGCUGCCGAGCUUAGAACAAGUGUGCAAUGCCCGUCACGGACCACCGUCAUGGGACUCCUGCACGAUCCCCAGCAACGCAAGACCGACAGCGAACGGUACAUCAUACAUCAUCUGCCAGGGUAAGUCCUCGACCUUCAUUUCUCCAUCUGCCCCAAUGAUGAUCUCACCCGCACUGUUCAGGGCAAGCCCGAACCCGGACAGAGACAGUGCACAGAAACUGUGUGUGCCCUUGACCGAGCACGCGUUGCAAGGGCAUGCUUUGGAUGCUUGCUGGGCCUACUUUUUUGACGAUGAUGACCCACUUGCAGCGAGAAAGCAUGGGGUCGAUUGA